CUGGUUUCGUUCUCACAGUAGGCCAUUCAGGGAAAAAGAGCACAAUCUCCAGCCUCAAAACCCAUCUCUGGACUCUGACUGUGAAGCGGCUGAUGAUUCGAAGGUAGUCUCAUCUUUGGAUCGUCCGACCAUCGAGUCGCCAAGGUUUGUUGGGCUAUGCAUCUAUGGGCUUAUUCUUAAUCAAAUGACUGUGAUUAGGAAUUUUGCCAAGUUAGGCUAGCAGAUGAGGAUUGAAUUAAGUUGAAUUGUAGAGAAUAUAAUCUAGAUUGUUUGUCUCUGGAAGGAAGGUUGUUGGGCUUAUUGUCAUCAAGAUGCUGCUACCAUUUGUGGAAGCAAGGAGAAUUUUUCUGUUGAAUUUAUUCCUUUUGUGUCAUAUAGAUGGCCAAACAUGCUUCUACUGCUCACCAAAAUACCCUUAGGCCUUGGUAUUUUCAAAUUUAUCUGGAUGGCAAUGCAUCGUAAAUAUCUUCUGUUAUAGACACUGCUAACACACCAUGGCCCGGAAAGGUAACCAGCCGAAGAAUGGCUUUGAUCGCCAUAAAUCCAACAAAAAGAUACUCAGUUCCGGAGUCUGUUGAUGUGCCUCUGACUGAGAAAGAAGAGAAAUUGUCACAUGACAGAGUGGUGGAUGGUGAUGAUCUCUUUAAAGGAGAAGAAAAGUGCAGGUCAAGUAAUGGGUUUGGAAAGAGAGACAAUACCAAGAUGGGAACUGGUAAGAAAAAUAAGCAAAGACCCAGCAGUGUUUCUUCCAAUGAUUUGUUAAAUGAUGGAAUCCCAAGUUCUGACCAGUCAAAUGACGUGCCAAGUGAAGUGGCAGAUGCUGUAGAUAGUGGUCUGUUAUCUGAUGCAUCUCAAUUGAGAGGGAAUGGCUCGCCAAUUCUUGGCAGCAAGAGCAGAUUAUCUAAUUCUACAAGGGGCAGAUUUGAUGGUACAUUAUGGCAGAAUGUGAUGGGCAUUUUUUCUUUCUCAGAUACUGCAGUCUGCAGGAGUAUAGGAUCUUUCAUUAUGUUUAUUAUAAAAGCAGUCAAUGGAUGGAUAGAGCGCCAAAAACCAUGGGUCAACUCUUUAACAAGUGCUAUACAUGAUGCUUGUGAUAAUAUGCAUGUUCAAGUCAAGCAUUUUUCCCCAAUUAUUUGUGCGCGGGUUGUACAAUUUGCAAAGCUGAUGGUUCUUCUAGUGAUGGUUUGGCUGGACUGCAAUGUUAGGGGGCUUGAUUCUCUGCUACGGUUGGGGAUAACAUCCUUCUUCACUUUACUUUGGUGCUCUAUCCUAUCAAUGGCUGCAAUGGCUGGAAUCACAAAGAUGGUUAUACUUAUGGUGUUUGCUGUCUUGGUUGGAAUUUUUGUUGGGGUAACUCUUGCUGUCCUGCUAGUUGCCUUUUGUUCUACCUUAAUUUUGUGGCUGUACGGCAGCAUGUGGACCACGGGAUUUGUCGUCCUAUUUGGAGGUAUUACAUUUGCUCUGAGUCAUGAACGAAUGGCACUCCUAGUUACUACAUUAUAUUCUUUGUACUGUGCUAGAAGUUAUGUUGGAUGGAUUGGUUUACUUUUUGGACUCAAUCUGUCAUUUAUAUCAAGUGAUGUCCUUGGACACUUUUUGAAGAACAACAUCAGUGAGCAUGGAUCAAAUACUGGGCAAAAUCAGGGUAGAGCAGGUCAGUUCUAUGGUGAGGAUAUGAACGGUUCAUCUGCAGAUGAUGCAUUCCCAUCUUCAUCCACUAGACCAGCUGACCGCAGCACAAGUGACCCCUCAACAAGUGGGGCUGAGACUGAGUUAACAUCUGAAAAUGAAGUUGCGCGGCUGUUAAACUGUAAUGACCAUUACUCUGCUUUGGGGUUUGCCCGUUACGAGAAUGUAGACAUCUCCACCCUUAAGAGAGAAUACAGAAAGAAGGCAAUGCUUGUGCAUCCUGAUAAAAAUAUGGGCCAUGAGAAAGCUGCAGAUGCAUUCAAAAAACUUCAAAAUGCAUAUGAGGUUCUGCUAGAUUCCUUGAAGAGAAAGACAUAUGACGAUGAAUUAAGGAGGGAAGAGAUAUUAAACUACUUUCGGAGAUUCCAGGCUGCUUCACAAAAGAAUGGAAGGCAUAAUUUCUUCAGUUCUGGAUUCACUCAUUUUGAGGCUGAAGCUGAUGGGACUCAUGGAGAAUCAAGAAGAAUAGCCUGCAAGAAGUGCAAUGAUUUUCACAUCUGGAUUUGUGUGGAUAGAUCCAAGUCCCAAGCAAGAUGGUGCCAGGAGUGCAAAGAUUACCAUCAAGCAAAAGAUGGUGAUGGAUGGGUGGAGCAAUCGUCUCAUCCUCUUUUGUUUGGACUACUGCAGAAGAUGGAAGCACCAUGCGCGUUUGUCUGUGCUGAAAGCCGGAUAUAUGAUGCAACUGAAUGGUUUAUUUGUCAGGGCAUGAGAUGUCCUGCAAAUACGCACAAGCCAAGCUUCCAUGUGAACACUAGUGUAAUGUCAAGACAUAACAGCGCCAAGGGAACAAGCUCCUCCCACAGAGGUGGCGGUCCGAUGCCUGCUACAAUGGAUGAGCCCAUGACUGAGGAACAGUUCUUUGAGUGGUUCCAAAAUGCAGUGCAGGCAGGAAUGUUUGAAGGUAAUGCUAAUACAUCAAAUGAGAACUCUUCUCCCAAAACCGGCAGCAGUAGCUCGAAAGGCAACUCCAAGAAAAAGAAGAAAGGGUAAAAACCAUGGUAAAACUCAAAAAGAUGGAACGGAAGUUUUAGUGAGGCCAGGCUGAUGAGUAUUUCCCAUACUAAAAGCUAACAAAAUAAAUUUCUGAUAGUAGAGAUGUAAGUUUCCAUGUAUGAAUGUCAGAGGGCCUCUUGAUUGCUUUUAUGCCAUACACUUUUUAAGUUUUAUUUUGAUGAUGUGCAUCCUAGGUCUCCAAUACUUUACUGUAGGUAAAUUUCAAGUUUGCUGGGUAGAGGAUCAAGUAAAAGUUAGUCA